AUGCCUCGUCCGUCGGGGGACGACCUCCUGAGGUCAACAUCCCCCAUCUUCACCGCGACCAACCCGGCCAUCCCCUCCAUCACCGAAACCCGACCAUCCACCGACAACUACCCCUACAACCACGACGACUCCUCCUCCAACACCAGCUUCAACACCGCGCCCAACUCGGAUAACACCCCAUGGACCCCUCGCCCAACACCCCCCGGCGCGCGCCGUCUCUCCUCCCGCCGCAGCACAACCUCCACCAACCCUUAUUCCCAAUCUAGUAACGGCGGCACGAAACCCUUCCUCCAAACCGCCCUCUCCACCACCACCGCCCUCUGGCGCGCCUACAUCCGCUGGUACUCUUCCCUCCCCGUCCCCCACCAACUCCUCGUCUCCCUCGCCGGCCUCACCAUCCUAGUCCUCACCAUCCUCCUCCUCCUCUACUCCCACACCCUCUUCGCCCACCUCGCCACCGCCGCCUCCACCUGGCGCGACACCACGGGACCCAUCUGGGGCUGGAUCCCCCUCUGGCUCGCCAUCUUCGCGACCGCUUUCCCCCCCCUCAUGGGGUACUCCUCGCUCCUAACCCUCGCGGGGUUUGUCUACGGGUUUCCCUGGGCGUGGCCGAUGGUGGCGAGCGCGACAGUGGCCGGGUCGUCGGCGGCGUUUGUGGCGAGUCGGGGGUGGUAUGGCGGGUAUGUGCAUCGGUUGGUGGGCGGGGAUAGGAGGUUUGUGGCGUUGGGGCAGGUUUUGAGAAGGGAUGGACUGGGGGUGUUGGUUAUGGUGCGGUUGUGUCCGUUGCCGUAUAGUUUGGGGAAUGGUUUUUUGGCGACGGUCGGGGGUGGGGGGAAUGUGGGGGUUGGGGCUUUUGCUGUUGCUACGGCGGCUGCUACACCCAAACUACUAGUGCACGUCUUCAUCGGCUCGCGGCUCGCCCUCCUCGCCGAAUCAGGCGACACCAUGUCCUGGGGCGACCGACUGAUCAACUACGCGAGCAUGUUCCUCUUCGGCCUGAUCGGCUUCGCCGUCGGGUUUUUCAUCUACCGGCGCACCAUGGCGCGGGCAGCCGAGCUGGCUGGGGAAGGGGACCCCGAUGGGACGCUUUUAGAUGGGGGUGAGGAUGAGGAUGAUGAUGAUCGUGAUGUAGAACAGGGAGUGAUCAGGGCGAGGCGGAGUGAGGAUGAUUUGGAGAAUGGGAGGAUGGUGGAUCCGGAUGAGUUGGAUGCUGCGGCGCUGAUGGAUGAUGAUGAUAUUUCAUUGUGGGAGACGGAGGGGGGGUAUCAUGAUGCGUGGGAUGAUGAGCCGGGGACCGGGAUUGGAGGUGGGCGGAAGUAG